CUUUGAAAUGAUGAGGUUCCAGACCAUAUUCUUGUUGAUGGCAUUGACCACAAUGACAGUAGCCGCCUAUUCACCAACAGAAAAGCAUGCAUUAGACAAACAUGGAGCGAAGAAGAUUUUACAGGUCGAAAACACAGUUGGGAGAGACAUAAACGGGCGUAGUGGUGUUGGAUCUCUUUCUGUACUGGAUGUAAUUGAUGCAAACAGACGAGCAGGAUCAAGAGCAGUUGGAACAUCUCAUGGAAUAGGCAAUGACUUUUUAUCACGCGGGUCAUCAGCUAGUAGAGGAUUGUCUGGGGGUUCUAUUGGAGGCAGGACAUCUGUAACUGAAAUUAUUAGAGGCUCCUCAGCUGGUAUUUCACGUGCUUUAUCUGACGAUGACAGUAUCAGUAACUGUCAUUAUGGGUGUGGAGGAGAUAAAUUAUGUCGUUCAGGACAUAAAUGUAUUCACAAUGGUUGUAGCAGCUACUGCGUCGAAAUUUCUUCUGGAAGUAUAAUUGGUGCAUCUGGAUUGUCGGAUUCUAUAAGAAGGGAAAUAGUUAGAAGUGUGUCAUCUGGCUUGACCAGAGUUUCGAGUAAUGAUGGUCAUUUAUCCUCUGGCAGCAGAAUUGGUUCAUCUGGUCUGGCCAGGGAUUUGGGCCUAUCUAGCAAUUCUCAUUUGGAAACAAUAGGUAGAAGUCGUGGAAUAUCUGGUCAUACAGGUUCUGAUAUUCUUGACGCAACCAACCUUAGACGAAGUGGACUUGAUGUAUUAGACACAGUUUCAUUAAGACGUGGUGGAUCAGUAUACAUGAAACCAGAAUAA